AUGCCGCACAGGAAAGUUUUGCGCGAAACAAUUGAGACGUCACUAAGCAGAAUCGUUUUUGAUUGCUCAUCGAAACAAGAAAAUUAUAAAUCUUUGAAUGAAUGUCUCGAAACUGGCCCAAAUUUGAACCCUAAAGUUCUUGGUGUAAUUUUAAAAUUUCGCGAACCAGAGGUGAGCUUCUGUGGAGAUUUGGAAAAAGCAUCUCUAAAAAUUGGGAUUGCUGAGGAGGACAGAGAUUAUUACUUAAGGUUUCUUUGGUUUGGGGAUAAUAAUGAAUCUCACAGUAUUCUGCGCAUGCGCAGGACCCCAUAUGGUACCGCAAUUAGUCCCUUCAUUUUAGCAGCUACGAUCAAAUAUCAUGUCAAAAAAUAUAAGAGGGAAAAACCUGAAAGUUUUGAAAUGCUUAAAUCGUCCCUUUAUGUUGACGUUCUUUAUCAUGGAGGAAAAACUGUAGAGGAUGCUUACCGAUUGUCUGUAGAUGCAGUAAAUAUUUUUGAAGAUGCGGGUAUGAAUUUAAGGAAAUUGAAAACAAAUUCGGAGGAAUUAAACAACAAAUGGAUAGUGGCAAAAAAUAAGGGGUCUGGUGAUUUUGAUGAAUAA